AUGGACUCUCCACGCAAGGCCCGGAACCGCGCCGCGUGUCGCCGUUGCCAGAGACGGAAGAUCCGAUGCGAUGGAAAGCUUCCACAAUGUUCGUCUUGUCGAAAGAUCGGCGUCGACUGCAUCAAUGAUGGAAAGCAGGAGGUUAACCGGACCUACAUCGCAAAUCUACAAAAGCGCAUACAGUGGCUGGAAUCAUUGAUCAAGCAACAAGAUCCCAGCAUUCGACUUGAAGAUGGCCCACAGCUCGAUGAAGCAGAUAUUUCACUAUUGAGCUCUGGCGAUGGACCGACACAACUCGAUCAUGUUGUUCCUGAGGCCGUCCACAGCCAACGAUCAGUAGCUUUGGCACAACAGGGGCAAUCUCCAAAAGCGAACGAUCCCCAGCCAUCUGGCCCACAAGCAAGACCAGCGCAUGAGAUUGGUCUUGUAUCUCUCUCUUCGGGAAGCGAGCCGAGAUAUAUUGGUCCCUCCAGUGGGUACUUUUUGGCAAAUCUCGUAUUCUCAAGCGCGGGACGGCGAACCGCACCAUCAGCAAACAAUGGCAAUCCCAACCAGCCAAUAUCGCUGUCAAGAGAGUUUUUCAACACUCCAGCACCCCUGCCAUACCGUAAGCAAGAUGCCAUUGAACUUUCUUCAAAGUAUUUUGCUUCUAUACAUCUGAUCUACCCAUUUCUCCACCAACCCUCACACAUGGCACGUCUAGAGAAGCUGUAUGCCAAUGGAAUAGAGACGUCUGAUCCAGUGGAUGUAUUCCAAGUUUUCAUGGUUCUCGCCAUAUCUGCGUCUGAUCUUUCUAGGCGGUUCAGACUUCCCCUCCCUGCUGAAGGAUAUUACACAGCAGCCACUCAACAUUUCGAGCGUGCAUGUGCUGAAGGAACACUUGAAGGGUUACAGAGCCUGCUGCUGCUGAUGGUGUAUGGAUUACACAAUCCUUCCUGUGACAUCAAUGUUUGGAGCUUGAACUAUCAAUGCCUGGGUUCCCUCAUUGAUUUGGGCCUUCAGCGUGACAUUCGCGCAUCCUCGACAUUUUCUAUUUCUUUCCUGGAGCAGGAAAUGAGGACUCGAAUCUUCUGGGUGGUCUAUAGCUUCGAUCGCACUCUUGGAACCAUGAUGGGUCGACCGAUUGGGGUGCGGGACGAGGCUUGUGAACUUCGGCUUCCCUUAGAUAUCUCAGACACGCAGCUUGCUGAGCAAAUCACCCAAGAAAGGUCACACCAGGAACCGCCAUCUCAUAUAACAUUUUCCAUUCACCUUUUCAGAAUCACACGAAUGAAUUCCGAGAUUAAAUAUGUCAUGCAUAGCAUCUGCAGAGAUGCUCCUCGAUAUGCCUAUCCACCGGUUACUGAUAUUUAUCUAUGGCAAAAGGAGAUGCUGGGCCGGCUUCAGUCAUGGCGUGAAGAAAUUCCCAGUGCACCUGGACUGGAAGCAAUCCGCAGGAUUUGCGAAACCAAGUACCAUGAAAUGAUGAUCUUGAUUCUGAGACCCAGUCCCGGUAUCCCGGAGCCAACGGAAGAUAUUCUCACGCAAUGUUUCCGACAUGCCGUGGAUCUUCUCCGUGGAUUGGGCGAGCUAUACCGACAAGAGGCACUGUUGUACAGCAGGCUAAUUGUUCACUCAAUAUUCUUGAGCACUCUAAUCAUGCUUCAUUGUUUAUGGAGACUUCCUACUGUCGCCUCCGACGUGCAAAUUGAUGAGCUCGUGGCUGAUACAAGUACUAGCUUGAAUAUCCUCAGCAGCAUCGGAGAAUAUUGGACCGAAGCUAAGAGAGCAAGAGACUGUAUUCACGAGCUAUCUGGAGCCACUUUCCAGAGACUACUAAAAGCACGAAGCUUAGAAGGCCCUUCUACCUCGCCUACACAAAUCAGGGGCCGACGUUCCUCUGUGAGAGGACAACGAUCUCAGAACAGCAAUGAAACAAUCCCAUUGCCCGACACCGGCAGUGAAAAUGUGUCAAUCAACCCCUUCCUCGAUGAUUAUGACAUGACACUUGAUUCCACAAACUGGUUGCAUGACUCUGCCCCGGGGGGCUUCAUGGACUUUACCGGUGCCCCGGACUUUGACUCGCUCAUGUGGGAGGUUUUCAAUGCCACCUCAGCAUGA